AUCUCCGGUAUUAUUGUCGUUUUAUUGGGAGUACGUUGUAAUGUGAAUUCUAAGUCCUGUUAUUUGCUCCAAUUUUGCAAAUAAUAAUGGCUAACGUGUUACGUCGAUCAUUUCAAUAUUUGAACAUAGCAAAAACUAGUUUAUUAAUAUCAAAAUAUUCUACUGCAUUUAAUCAAGAUUUAAAUAAAAAUUACUUUCCACCAUUUCUUCAUGAGUCAUCAAUAACUUCAAAGUCUAAUUAUGAACCUAAUUUGCGUGUAUCGGCAGUUCCAUCUUCCAAUAUCGUUGAUUUGGGUUUACCACAAGGAAUAUAUCGAAAAAUCAUUGAUACUCCAAUAAUGAAAAUACCGCGAACAAUUAUUGAUCCAUUAACAAUAUCCAUAUUACCAAAAGAAGAUAAAAUUUCGGACAAAUCCUUUAAUUUACCUACUCCAGAAGGACAAAUAGAGAAGAAAGCACAUCGAAUGAUUAGGAUCAGGCGUAGAAAAAUGAAAAACCACAAACUAAAGAAAUGGAGAAGGAAAUAUAAAACUUUGUAUUUUAAUAAACUUCAACGAAAGUGGUUGAGAAAAGAAAAAGAAUUUCGAGCAGAAAUAUUAGCUAAAAUUAAAGCAGCUGAUGAAUAUGAUGCAAAAGCAUACGUUGCUUCACGCCUGGCAAUAUUGGAUAAUGUUAGAUUCCCUCAUACUUAUAAGGGGUAUUUAUUACCUGAAGCUCAAAUAAGGCAAUUGAUGAAGGAAGAUGAAGAGAAGUAUAAUGCAAAACAUAAUCCACCCAAACUCACUUUAUAAAAUAUGUUUUUUAAAAUAAUUAAUAAAUUGAUUUAUAGAAAUUAUGAAUAUAAAUAAUAAAUUGGAUAAAAAACAUUA